GGCGCUUGUAACAUGAACUCGUUUCAUUCGAUGCUUCAAACGUUUUGAAAUUUUGCAUUAUUUUCAAUAUGUAAAGUGAUAAAUAUUAUUUUUCUAGUUAGAAUAGCCAUGACAGUUUACGGAAUCUAGUAAUAAUUAUUUAUGCGUUUAUGAGGUUUCUAAAAUUUGCUAAUAUGCAUAUUUUCAUUAUGUUUACGUAAAUCUUCAUUAUCCAUAAGUCGGAAGUAAUAAAGAAAUGCUUUACAGAAGAUGAGAAAAUCAGCCAGAAAAAGCAAGUCAAGAACAAAAAGAAAAUUGGAGGCUGAUCCGAAUAAGACAUUAGUUAAAAUUGCUAAUAGAUUAAAAGAUCCAUUACAAGAACUUUGCUGUGAGUCUAAAUACACAGAAAAUAAUCUUAAUUUAAGUAUUGUUAGUAUGCCUUCUUCUCAUUUAGAUGAAACCACAAUUCAAUGGGCUUUUCAGUUAACGAAGACUAACAUGAAAACUUUAUAUGAAACUUGUGAAUGGGGCUGGGAUGAUGAUGAUAAACUAUCUCAGCUGAAACAUCGCACAGCUAGAUUUUUAAUUGUCAAAGAUGAAAAUAACCAUCCAAAAGCUUUUGUUCAUUUUCGGUUUGAUAUGGAUUUUGGUGAUCCUGUAGUAUAUUGUUACGAAAUACAAAUAGAAACAGACAUACAAAGGAAAGGUGUUGGAAAACAUUUAAUAAAUUUAUUAUGCAAAAUUGGAGCUAUGACCGAAAUGAAAAAAGUUGUCCUAACUGUUUUGAAACAUAAUAAAUUGGCAUAUAAUUUUUAUACAAGAAUUUGUGGAUUUAAAAUUGAUGCAUCAUCACCAGAUAAAACAGAAGAAGCUUGUUAUGAAAUUCUAAGUAAAGAAUGUGAGUUUGGAUGCAGUGUUACUAAAAGGUUUCCUAAAAAUGCAAUCUAAUGCAUACAAAUAAAUCAGUAAAAAUUAUGCAAUUUUGAAAUAUGAUAUUUUAAAAAAGUCUCAAAAUGAUUUUCAUGAAAUAGUUUAUGUACUGUAUGUAUACAGUAUAUGUAGAGUUUGGGUGUAAAAGACAGUAAGCACCAAAAUGGAAGUUAGGAGAAAAUUAAUAAAUUAAAUCCCAUAAGAUUUUUUAUUUGGUUACUUUAAUCAGAAUAAAGUGCAGGUUAUAGCUAAAAAGUGCAUAAAAUAUUUAAAUUGAAGUACAUUGCUUUUAGCGAUUAACAUGAAUUGCAGCAUACUAAUAAAAAUGGCAUUGCCAAUUUUUAUACCAAAUCCUUUAUAUAUUGAAAUAUGAAAUAAGAGUUAAUAGGAAUAAUUUAUUUUGAAUAGGAAAUGGAACAUUUAGAUUAAUUCAUCAUUAUUUUAAAAAGUAUUACAAUAUUAAAUUUGAAUAUUAAUGACAACUCUUGUAUCAACUUAUUCAUUUAAGACUGCAUUUUCAGAAUUUGAAUUUUCAUUAUCUUAGCACUUUUGUUAGAACCUAAAAGUGCUAAGCUGAUAAAGAUACAAACUGAAAAAGCAGUUUUGAAAGUAGUCAAAUUAAUAAGUUAUAUAUGAUGAUAUUUGACAAAAACCUACAUCAGGAGAUUCUGUUCAGCUGAACCCAUGGAAUAAAAAAUAAGUUAGCAUUGAGUAAUAUGUAUCUAUUAAUAAAAAACAUUUAAGUGCUUUUUAUCAAUAAACUUUCAAAUAUUUAAUAAGAUAAAUUGAAUAUUUGUAUUAAAUAAUGAUAAGUAGUGAGAUAUAAUGCUGCCUUAAUGUGUAUGUACUAAAAACAAAUGUUACAUCAGGGCAAAUAUCAAGAAAAUAAUCUAAAAUGGCCUUUUGAUUUCAUACUUAACAGUAGGAACAAUAUAAUGAUAGAUUAAAUUAGAGCAUAAAUUCCUGAAGUUAUCAGCUUAAAUAACAAUGACUGAAAUGAACAGAUGUUCAAUAACUAUAUGCAAAGUUUUCCAGCUGUAUAUCUAUUGAACCUCAACUUUAAAUUUAAAAUAUGUUUUAAGUUCUCUCUAACCCUUAACUAAUAUGCUAAUGUUUUUUCUUUUAAGUAACAUGGUGUGGACUCACAGACUGUUUAUUUUAAUUUGUAUUUAGAAUUACAAUAUUGGUAGUUAAAAGGGUUUAUUCAAUUUAAAAGAUGAUAAUAUACAUUAGUAAACUAAGAAAUGAGUUUUAUUUCUUUUGUUAUUGAUUAAACUGAAUUUUUCUCUAAUGUCAGAAUCAUUAAUUCUUUUUCCUUCAUGAAUAUGUAUUGUUUAUACAAAGUAAAUUAUUUUUGUGCCUUAAUUGUCUCUGCACAGUCUGCAUAUAUUUUUUGGCCUAGUAAGGCAUACUCGUGUGUUAGUAACAAUGUUAUUACUUAACAACUUAACAUGAAAAAUCUAGUAAUGUCACUUACAUGCAGCAGUCUCGAAGACCAUUUGUGAGAACAAACUGGAAUAAAAUGAAAAUGACCUUUAUUCAAUGUUGUGUUGUCUUCAAAUUGAAGACAACACAACAUAGAAUAUUAGGCAAUAUUAUUCUAUGAUAUUUAAAAAAAAACAAAAGAAAACUACAACAGAAUAUCUUACUCAUUGCUUUUAAACUAGCAGAAUGUAAAUUCAUUUAAAGAUAAAAAGAGGGACAAUUUUCUCAACUAACAGAAAGUUCUAUAACUUUUAUAGAAAAAUUAAAUUCCUUAACAGUCUAAAACCAGUCCAUGUUACUUGAAGGUUAAAACAAUUUUUUAAUUUUUAAUUAAAAAAAUAUAUAUAUAUAAUUUUUUUUUACUUAUAUUUUAAGCAAUAACAAAUAAUACAUAAUUAAGUAACUUUUUUUGCAUUUUUAAAAGAAUUAUUUCCUGUAUAUUUGGUAACAAUAUAUUUAGUUUUUAAGAAGUGCUCAUUGCUUCAGAUUGAAUAAUAAUUGUCAUUAAACAAAUCCAACUAUAAAAUAU